UCAGUGCCCGCUGUCCCAUCCUGGGCCGGUAUAAAGCAGGCCAGAGCCCUCCCCGCUUGCCGCUCAGUUUAUCCCUAGAAGCAGCUAGCUACUCCAGGUGCGUAGGUGCCAUGCAGCCCCGGAUGCUCCUUAUCGCGGCCUUCUUGGCUCUCCUGGCAUCUGCCCGAGCUAAGGAGACAGAGGUGCCCUUGCUGCUGGUCUCUGUGCAGAGCUACAUGAAACAAGCCACCAAGACGGUCCAGGACGCACUAAGCAGCGUGCAGCCGUCUGAAAUGGCUGCACAGGCCAGGGGCUGGAUGGACAAUGGCUUCAGUUCCCUGAAAGGCUAUUGGAACAAGUUUACGAACAAGUUCACUGUCCUCUGGGGUCCUACCCCUGAGGCCCAACCAACUCUAGAGCCUGAGCCUUGAGACCUCUGUGUCCCAAAUGUGCCCAUGCCCCCAUCCUGCUGCCUCCCCCGGGGGUCUUUCAGGUGGCCCCUGAAGGUUGCUUUAAGGGGAAAGUACUCUCAUGUCUUCACCCCUCUUCAGACCUCACCUGAACAUGCUGCCUCUAAUAAAGCUGUAUGAGAAGCUGCCAAA